AUGAAACGUAACAGAUUCCUGGUUUGCAGAAAAGUGAAAUACCAACAUUUGCUCGUGCUGCCUGAGCUGCACGCCAACAUUCGAGCCAGAGGGAACAAAAUGAUUUCGACCGCAGUUCUGACUUUGCCUUUUUGUUCCUGUCUCCAUAGUUACGAUGAGUGUGUUGGACCAGGUUCGACUCAGAUCUACAUCCCGACAGAUGACCCUCCUCCGUACUCCCUGUUGGACCCGUGUCAGAGAGGGGCGGAGCAGGAGGAGCAGCCCGAGCACUCCGGUCUGGAUCCUUCGCCGUACUGCGGAGAGACCUCGGUCAGCGGCGCCUGGUUCUCCCCCUCCCACUACCCGCUGGGACUACAGGAGCACGAGCACAUCGCAUCCAUCUCCUUCCCGCUGGAGGCGGCGCCCCCCUACGAGUCCGUGUUGGCGGAGCAGCCCCUCCCCCUCAUGCCAUGUGACGUUU